AUGGCGUCGCUUCCAAGCUCGCGAUCCGCCUUGAGGAUAUCGUCGCGGGCCAUCGGCCAACUUCGCAUUCCUCAGACGCGUCGAAGUUUGUACCUUGCACCGCCAUUUCUCCUUGAUGACUACAUUCCGCGCUAUCAACUCUUGUCCUCGGUAGAUGCGUCGAAAAAGCGAUCCCUCGCAUACGGCCAUCUGCGUAACUGUAAUCUGUGCCCGAGGCGGUGCGGGGUGAACCGCUACGAGAAAACAGGAGUUUGCUUGAUAGGCGCUGAGACGGUCAAGGUCAACACUAUUGCUCCGCACUUUGGAGAAGAGCCAUGUUUUCAGGGCCACAACGGGUCAGGAUCGGUCUUCUUUAGUGGCUGCUCUCUUCGAUGCGUGUUCUGCCAGAAUUUCGACAUAUCCCAUCAGCGCAAAGGCUUUGAUCUGACGCCCGAGGCAUUGGGGGAGUGGUAUAUCAAGCUGCAAGAUGUGGGCCGUGUGCACAAUAUCAAUCUCGUUACACCCGAGCACGUUGUCCCGCAAGUGGUGCUGUCCAUUCUCCAUGCGCGCGAGAUUGGCCUCCGCAUACCGAUCCUUUACAACACAUCGUCCUAUGAUUCACUGGAAAGUAUCGAGCUGCUUGACGGAUUGGUGGACAUGUAUCUGCCAGACUUCAAGGUGUGGAACAACGAGACCGGAAAGAGGUUGCUCAAGGCAGAUGAUUAUGUCAAGACUGCCAUGGAGAGCGUCAAGGCCAUGCACGAGCAAGUUGGUGAUCUCUGCUUCACGGGAGACGGUAUUGCCAAGAAGGGUGUCUUGGUCCGGCAUCUGGUCAUGCCAGGUCUGGCAGACGAAAGCAAAGAGAUCAUGAGAUGGCUUGCCAAUCACGUUAGCAAAGAUAUGAUGGUGCACAUCAUGGAGCAGUAUUUUCCUCGCGCACACGUUGGCAAAGCGCGUCGAGGACGGCGGGACACGGCAGAAGCAGGCGGCGACCAAGCCUCGUCUGCCCCGCAGAAAGACGUGCGGUAUGCGGACAUCAAUCGCGCGGUCGAGCUGAGUGAAGUGGCGGAAGUGAAGAAGGCUGCAGGGGAUGCGGGCUUGUGGAGCGACGAUGAUGCUCCGAGGAAGCGACCACAGGGCUCUGAGGAAGCUACGAUGAAUCUCUGGGAAGCUACGAUGAAUCUCUGGGAAGCUACGAUGAAUCUCUGGGAAGCUACGAUGAAUCUCUGGGAAGCUACGAUGAAUCUCUGGGAAGCUACGAUGAAUCUCUGGGAAGCGGUAAUCGAACAAAAUCAAUCCAUCCCCUUCACUCCCUACACAAUCCAACCCUUCGACACGCACACGCAUACCAAACACUGCAGAAUGCCUAUUGAUUCGCACAUCCCUACCCCACACACACCAGUGCCCACACCCACAACCAUGGACUUUGUCACAGACAUAGAGCGUGCCAUUCACGGCCUCAAGGUGGAUCGUGACACCUGGGCAGCCCUUGCCCUGCAGUACAAAGCAGCCUUCGAAGCGCAAACACGUCGCCUGCAAGAGCUCCAUGGCGUGUGCUUUGCCACUCAGGCCGAGUUGGAGAACGAGCGAGCGCAACAACGAUUACCUCACGCCGCCAUAGAUGAAGCCGAAAAGGAUGACCUAGAAAGCCUGGAUGGCAAUAAAAGCCCUGGACAUGAGUCUUCCUAUGGUACCGCAGUCAUCUACUCACCACAGAAGCUCCAGCUGUCAAACGACUGUGCGAACCCGCUAUUCGAUGCAGUUCAGCAUUGCGUUCGACAGCGCAACUACAACACUGCCCUUGCGGAAGUCGAGCGACUACUGCGUGGUCCGCUCAGUCCAAAAGCGCGUACCGAGGGACUGCUACUCAAAAGCGACAUCUUGCGACCUAUGGGACCCAAUGAGCUCUACAAUGCCUUGGCAGCUUGUAGCGAAGCACUGGAGCUCUGUGAUCGUGUCUCAGGACUCGAGGCGUUUUUGUCCAGAAUUCACCACCAGCGUGGCCUGCUUUACUAUGAUCUACACAUGUACCGUUCAACUCUUGGUGCUACCAGCGCUGCUUCCAGCAUCAGCCCCGAUUACGGACAAGGCGCUGAGAGGACUCGUUCUACCACACGUCGCUCUGGCUUUGACGAGGACCGUACGAUCAACGAAGAGUUGCUAGCCAAGAUCGAAGUGAUGGGAACACGGACACGUCGUCAGACGAGCGCUCAAUUCAGACAGCACGCCGCUGCCAAGGCGAAGCGCAUGUCCCUGCCACAUCGUUGGACGUCACCCAGAAUCGAGUGA